UGAAUUCCAAAUCUAACAUAUUGUGCCUUUAAUUUGUAUUGAACCCAAAAUAUUCCUUUAAACCUACCAUUCAAAAGUUUGGGGUUGGUCUUUUUUUUUUUUUUUUUUUUGAAAGAAACUAUAUACUUUAGUGUAUAAAACAGAAAUGAUGACUUAACUAUAUUGCAUUUAUUAAUAUAUUUUCACAGUAUUGAUUGUUUCAGUUGACUGAAUUAUUGUAAUAAUGGACAUAUUAAUAAGAUUAAUGCUGAAUAGUAUCAAGUCCAAUAUCAGCAAGGAUUUGGAUGAAGGGGUUCUUAAAUUGGUCUUUGGGUGUGCGGUUUAAAGACACUCCUCUAUGCUUCAGACUAUGUGUGCUUGGUGUACAAAAACAAAAUGCAACAUUAAAAACAAUUCAUCACUUCCAAUACAUUGCAAAUACAGAAUUAUGACCAGAAGAGCACAAGUGAUUCUUCAUUUAGAUUGCCUGGCAUGAGAAGAUCAAGCACCAUGCAGCAAUCUGUGUAGGGGACGGACUAAUGCAAUACAAUGUCCCUAAUACAGCCCCAUUCCAAAGCUCAUUACCUUGCGGUGACCUUCCAGCAGCUUCCAAGUUCUUCGUAAAGACAAAUAGCUGUCAAGCAUUUCAAUAUAAGAGAGGUCUUUAUUUGUAUGCAUCACAUCAUGCUGUAAUUGUUACAAGUUUGGACAAACUCUCAUUUUAGCAGCUUUGAAAAAGUACACAAGGGUUGUGUCCCAUUUUGCACAGAGGUCAAGGCGACGGUGUAAUUUACCAUCCAUCUGUUUGACUAACGCAAUCGUUUUUUCAGUAUCUCCAGCACUAGCUUUGUGUUUGUAUGAUGGAGAUGGCAGAUUUCACUUAAAAUAAGUAGGCAAUAGACAUGAGCCCACAAGAGACCGAAUAUUCGCAGAAAGAGGGACAAUUUUUUUUUUUUUUUUUUUUUUUUUUUUUUUUUUGCAACAGCUGUUUGCCUUUUAAUCUGCCACCAUCAGAUCUUCCAGUCUUUGAUAGGCCACCCAAUCUACACGAAUGACUGAACUAAAUCUUUCCUUAAUCUACAGCCUUAUUAGUUUGUCCUCUUAUGCAUGUAAAUCAGAAUGCAGUCAUUUUCAUAUGUAGAUGGAUUAUUAAAAGCCGUAGAGGGAGAGUGGGUUUUUUUUCCAGCUCACAAUAAACAACAAAGCCCGGCACAGAUUACAGCAGAAGCUGUGGCUACGAGAGGGCAGGAAGCAGUUUGUAAUUGACAGGCUGCUUUGACAGAGCGCGAGUCUUGUGAAUAGAUGGGUUUAUCUAGAACGGGUGAUGUGUCAUUAGCAUAUCUUGAUAACAUUGAUUUCUUCAUUACCCUUAAUGAAAUUUCCACUUAAUGGCUUCUAAUUAGUUUCAACUGGUGCUCAUGUAAUUGCAGCUGUAAUAUUUUGCACAGCGGAGAGGAGUUUAAUGCUUUGAUACGACAAGGAAACUCUUGCGUGAAGUUUCAUUCUCUUGCACUUUACUACGUGUUUGUUUCUCAAUGUGUCUGCAUUUGCGCUAUUCCUAUAUGUGAUUAAACUUUACUUUUGUGUGGCUGCCAGUUUUGAUGAUCAUCUCAUGUAAUUGCCAUGGAGCCAGGCCAACAAAGAAUUAGCAUGGAUGGCUAAUUGAAUAAUGUCCCAUAAGGCCACAAAAUCACAUGGCUUUUCUGUAUUUUUAAGCUGAUAAACAGUUCAAACAGGAUUACAGUGCACCUUUAUUAGUAAAAUUCAGGGCAUGGUUAUUAUCAGGCCACUUCGUCGUGAAAAAACAUCUCAAGUGUUCAGUGUAGCUAUUAAUAAUUAGCCAGAAAAACAACAGAUCAGGGGCUGUCUCUCGGGAGCGCGCGCUCGGAUGCUUUCCCUGUCUCUGACGCCACGCGUCUGACGUUCUGCUGGUGUCGUAUGAAUCAUGACGUUUAUUUAUGCAUCAGCACAUGGCACUUUGAUAAGAUUGGUGUUAUCUCUGUCUCCAUCAACGGCUCGCUGCUCAUUUCCAUAAAUUAUCUUCCAGUAAUUAUCUGUCCAGAUGUCCAAAUUGUGCCACAAAUUAUCUGCAAAACGAAUCAAAAUCCCACUGUAAUUUAGUAAUAGCUGAUUAGACCUCGGUGUAUUAAAGAAACUUGGAUGUAAUUAGAAUAAGCUAUAUUUUGCAGUCUGUUCAGAUGGGUAUCGACUAUGUUUUAUAUGCAACAGUUCUGAAAGUGUAUAAUGAAGAAUAAUGGAAGAUGUCCAGAUUUACCUGGAUUUUCCCCCACUAAAUAGGCUACCCUUUAAAAUUAAACUAAUUUGCAUUUAUCUUUAAGCAUAUAUUUUUAUGGUCAUAAUAUUGAACACCCACUUUCCUGUUGGUCUUCAGCUUACAAUUGACUAAAUAUAAAUUUCAUAUUCUAUAAUUCAGCUAGGUCAUGCCAUGCAUUAUAUUAAGCUGAUUUCUCUGAAUUUCUUAUCAUGAAAAUUUUACAUUUACUGAUGUGAUAUGACUAUUAAGAUUAUGAUUAUUAAGUGCAUGAAUGUACGUUUAGGUGCACAUUUAUUCUUAUUUGGUAUUCAAAGAUGAAGAUAAAGAAAUUAUAAAUUGCACCUUUUCUGCCAUGAACAUGUUUUCAUGGGGGGAAUAUAAAUUAAAAAAAGCUGAAUUUCUUGAAAAAUUAGUUGUUUACCGUAAUCUUUUACUAUAUUUCUUAAAAAAAAAAAAAUGCAAUUUCGUCUCAAAAUUCAGUGUCAUUCCCAAACAUGCAGGAAGCCUUGUCAUAUAAUAUUCUAAGAACUUAAUGUUUAAAGAUGUUUUGCUAAUUUGCAUGCCUUAUGUUUGGAUCCUUGAACCUCGAAACGUUUUAUUUUAAACCUAAAAUGGAUUUGAAAUAGGCUGUUUAGCGAUUUAGGAAUUAUAAAUCCUCGCACGUUCGCACGUGUGGAACCCUUCAAUACAAGAGUUCUUUAAACUAAACUAAGCAAUCUCAACUGGACACAUUCGACCUUAUAUUAAAUUAUAUAUAGUUUUAUUAGAUGUAUUAUUCAAUAAAAUAACUAAUUUGUCAAAUUUGCUUGUUUUUGUAAUAGUGAAUAACUUCAUUCAUUAUACUGUUUGAUUUGGUUCUCACAACAAUUAUUGUAAUGCUUCUGAUCGGUCUGUCAUUUGACGACAUUAGUCUUACCUAUAGGCUGUACGUUUCCGUUGUCCAGGUGUCCUUUUUAUUUCAGACAUAAUAUUCCCUUUAUUUUAUCAUCUAGAUACACGUAAAACAGAUUCCUAAACCCGUUAAUAAUAGACAUAACACGUCUAAAAUGUUGAAGCAAACAGAAAAUUUGGUUAUCGAAGACUAGCCUUUAUUAUGAUAUUAAUUAAAUUACGACUGAAUUUAUUUCGAAAUAGGCUAUAAUUUCGAAGUGAUCUCAUUUUAUUUUCUAAUUUUGGUUAAAUGCCUGAUUAACACAUAAUUGCAAGCAAAAUGUGAUGUGAAUGAAAUGAUAUCAUGCGUGACAAACAGGGAGAGCAGCAUCCUGUAUCCUCUGGAAUUCUAAAUCACUUACUCGCCGCUGAUUGGCUGUUGAGUUUUGACCCUUGUUGGGAUGGACCUGUUGGAUAAAAGGAGAAUUUCUAGAGGGAUCAUGCGUAUUGCACCGUGGAUGCCUGUGCACAAGGGACCGACUCGUAUGUGAAGAAGGGAAUAGUCUCAGAGGCACCAUGACAGGAAAGGAUGGGGCUGUUUUGUCGGAAAGUUUGAACAAAUCAAAAUCAGUGUGUGCCGCUGAGAACGGGGGAAAUAACAAUCCACAUCUGUCAAAGAGCAGCACCACACAUCCGCCUAAAUGCACGGGCUUCGGCAUCCAGGAGAUCCUGGGACUAAAUAAAGAGCCGUCCUCGGCUCCGCGGAGCACACUGGACUCGUUCCCUGCCGGGGCGCACCUUCUAGCCAGCAGGUCGAUGCUCGGUCCAGCUGGUGUUGGUGUUGGUGUUGGGGUCGGGGUCGGGAUGGGCUUAAUUGGCCCUGGAGGUAUUCCGUCGUUCUACAGCCAGCCCGCGUUUCUUGAGGUGCUGUCAGACGCGCAGAACGUCCAUCUACAGCCGCUCAACAGGACAGUGGGCCCGCUGGAAAAUAACCAAUCUGCCAGCUCAGAUUCAGAGGAUGUUUCUUCAAGCGAAAGAAAAAUAUCAAAGUCUUCACUGAGUCAGAGCAAGAAGAGAAAAAAGAGACGACACAGAACAAUAUUUACAUCUUACCAGCUGGAAGAACUGGAGAAGGCUUUUAACGAGGCUCAUUAUCCGGAUGUGUACGCCAGAGAAAUGCUGGCCAUGAAAACCGAGCUGCCCGAGGACAGAAUACAGGUGUGGUUCCAAAAUCGGAGGGCCAAGUGGAGAAAGCGGGAGAAGUGUUGGGGUCGCAGCAGCGUGAUGGCGGAGUACGGGCUCUACGGCGCAAUGGUGCGUCAUUCCAUCCCGCUGCCUGAGUCCAUACUGAAAUCUGCUAAAGAUGGCAUCAUGGACUCCUGUGCCCCCUGGCUUCUAGUUCAAGAUGGUUUUCCUACCACCAGCUGCUUUUCUAAACACGAAUACCCACCAUUCUUUGCAGGGAUGCACAAGAAGUCCUUGGAGACUGCUGCAGUCCAACCACAUGAGAAGUCAGAUGUCACUCAGAUGAAACCCACCAAUCCCAAGGCGGAUGAGGCCGAGGCUGAAGAAAGGAGGACAGAGUCACCUAUGUCUAAAGAGGAACUGAGGGAGAACAGUAUUGCUGUUCUCAGGGCAAAAGCACAGGAGCACAGUGCCAAAGUGCUGGGAACCGUUUCCUCUGAGAGACUAGAGCACAAAAUGGAGACGUCGUUGACAGAGGAGAAGUCCAGCGAACAGAUAGAUGCGAAAGAAGAGGAAAAGAGUUCUUAGAUUGUGCAUUUCUUCGUAAUGCCAUAAGAUAUGCUUGGUGUGAAAAUAUCUGGGCUAUUUUCUCUUCCUCUUAUUCCUGCACUGUCUCCAUGAUAACACUGGACUUUUGAUUCUCAAUGUUCCUCUGCAUUUUAUUUCAUUUAGCAAGAUCAAAACCACUUAACAUUUUCCAGUAUUUUGAUAGUGGCAUCAGUCCAUCAUGCCAGUGAUUGAUAAAAUGUUUUUUUUUCUUUUUUUAAAUAUAGGCCUACAAAAAUGAAUACUGUGUACUGAAUACUGAUUGGUAGGUUGCCAGCGUACUCAGUGCUGUUUGCAGAAUGGCUCAAUUAAAUAAGAUUAAAUGUUUGGAUAUUUAAUUUCAGGAUAAAUUAAUAUUGUCAUUAUCAGAAAAUAAUUGAUCAAGACCUGCGCUUUGAAAUAACAGUAUUCAGGGCUUUUCUUUUUCAUUUUGUACAGAACCCCAUCAAACUCUCGGUGGUUAAAAGUUGUAAUAGAGUGUAUUGCUGUAUAUAUUGUAAAUUAAGAUAGCCUGCUACAGUAUUGUUUGAACUAUACAUCAAUGUACUGUAGUCUUAUUAUGUGCUUUUUUCGUAACAUGUAAAAUGCAAUACAAAUUAUUAAAAAAAGGAUGAACAAUGCUAA